CACAGGAGUGGGUGUGUGCUCCUCUGACACAUAAAGAUAGACGUAGGGCACGCAGAUUAGUUGGGUGUGUGGCUUCAAGAGAGACAGGCAGGUUUAGUUGAAAGAAGUGGAAGAAAAGUUGAGGAAGAAGCAUGUUACGUAAUGAUCUCUACACAGUGCUAAAGAGGAACUUUACACAACUGCUGUAAAUUCAAAGUGGAGUAGAGAGGGAGGAAUUGAAGGAAGGGCCCCAAAAUAAAGGCAUUAGCAGCUGUUUGAAAGCAUCAGUGGUAGAUAGACAGCACUACAGGAAGAGAGGGAGAGGGAGCAACAGAGAAAGAGACAGAGAGCAGGAACAGAAAACAAGACAGGGGAGAGGCUGCUCUCGCUGAGUGCUAAGCCUGUUACUGAUCUUACUGAAGGCUUCCUGUGUCAGCACCAUGGGAAAGUCAGCCUCGAAGCAGUUUUCUGAAGAGGUGCUGCGGUGCCAUAAUGACUACAGGAGGAAGCACCAGGCUCCUCCACUGAAGCUGAGCAGCAAGUUGUGCAGAGAGGCUACCCGUUAUGCUGAAAGUCUGGCCAGCACAAGGAUCCUGAAGCACAGCGUGGAGUCCAGUAGAGGGAGCUGUGGAGAGAACCUGGCAUGGGCCUCCUAUGAUCAAUCAGGAAAGGAUGUAGCAGACCGCUGGUAUGAUGAAGUGAAACAGUACAACUUCAACCGUCCUGGAUUCUCCUCUGGCACUGGCCAUUUCACAGCGAUGGUGUGGAAGAGCAGCACUAAGCUGGGUGUUGGUAAAGCCACUGCAUCAGAUGGCUCUUCCUUCGUGGUGGCCAGAUACUUCCCAGCUGGGAAUAUCACUAACCAGGGACACUUUGAGAACAACGUCCUCCCAGCUAAAACCACCUAAUGAUGUCUAGAUCCCCAACACUUGACUCAAGCCUGAAGGUAUUCAUUCCAUUUUCCAGGAGAGUCUGAAGUUUUCAACCUGCACAGUGAUGAAGGAUACUCAGGAGAGCACCACCUCUUGCCUCAUAGAGAUCUAUACCACUAUCCUGUGUGGAUUUCUGUGUGGAUGAAAUGUACAUAUAGUCCUGUGUUGUCAUUUGAAAGGGGACUUUUGUAUGAUACAGUACUGUUUGACAUUGCUAACAGAAGCAUUUCCAGUGGUCAUUUGGAUUGUUUAAUUUGUAGGUUUACAUUGCCUGUGACAGUAUUUCAUUAAUUAAUGCCGGUACUUUUUAUAUAAUUUUACACACUGAAACAUAUCAUAGCCUCACAUCUGCAUUUAAAUAAGAAUGGGAGCUAAGUCAGUCAAAGGGACAGGCUGUAUGUAUUCACAUGUAGAGUAAUUGCUUGUAAUUUUAAAGUGCCGACUCAACAUGCUGGUUUAAGUGUCUGUUAUUGCCAACACUUGUCAAAGCAGAACCCUGCAGUUCCAUGUAUAUGUUUUGUACUCUGAUCUGUUUUGUACUUUAAAGGUGAUGGACUGUCAGAAAGGCAUUUGGCAUCUGUCUGGGCACGUUUGUGUCAUGUGUAUUGUGUGACAUUAUAUCAGAGUGAGAAACAAAACAGCACGAGAGUUCAGUUUCCUAAUGACACAUUCAGUUUUUGUCUUGGAAAUAUGUAACAUCUGAGUCUGGCACAGUGCUGGCAAAAUGUAACUCUAUAGAGUGGGAACAUUUGAGACAAUGUGAGCAGUUGUAUACUAAACUCUGAUUAAUGAGCUUAUUUUCUCCGGGGUUGGUAUUAAAGGUCCGAAUAAUUGUGA